AUCCAGUCGAAGUCUAAGUCUAAGGAACAAUUGUGCAACUGUGAGAUGCGUUGAGGCCAUUACCAGGGUACUUAAGGGUACUUACAAUCCUUCAGGCCAUUUGGACUAUCUCUAGACUGCAUAGGAGUGUUGUCUACGUGGACUAACUCCAGCACUUCUAGUGUUAACACUUUUUUUUUCUUUUUACUGAUCGUAAUGUGCAAUGUAAUAUUCAUAAAAAAUGAAGUUAUGUGCACUGUUAGGUAUUUUAAAACCAAAAAUGAAAAAUAUUAAUACAAGACAACAAAUUACAGUUAGAAGAAACCUAACAUAAACAACAUUUAUCCGUGUAUCAUGUUUUUUUGUUUUUUUUUAAUGGUUAUUCAUUCAGUUAAGAUACUCGCAUUAGGUUGCGUAUCAACAAAAUUUACUCAAGAGCAUAACAUAUGGAAAAAUAGUCCUAAUUUUAUUUUAUUUUUGUCAAAAGUUACAGAGUAAUUGAGUAAAUCUAAUUGCCCUUGGCUGUUUGAGCAAUAUCACUUUUACAAUUUCAAUUUUUGUAUUUUUUUUUGAGUAUACAUUUGUUAUCUGGAAGCCAUUGUGACUUCUAAAAUUAACUGUUAAAUCCUACAAAACAGUAACAAUAAUGUUAAAGAAUCUACAGUGAUUGAUUUCAAACAUGCCUUUUUUUCUACCAAUCAUUUGCUUAUUUCCUGAUGUGUAAUAACCUUUUUCUUUUAUGUUAGUAGCUAUUAAACUGUGUCCUUGCUCUAUUUUAAGUGGGAAUGAACCACGUCUUGUUUAAGAAUAUCUGCAAUGUAUAUAGAUGUUGUUUUUAAUUUUAUUCAUUUCUUUUUGUUACUGCAGAAUUCCAUAUAUUCAGAUGUGGCCUACCCUGUAGAGACACAUCUCACUUUCAUUGCCCGUACUGUUUUUCGACCAUUGACAGAAGGGACAGGUUUGUUAAUCACUUGGUUAAGCACACAGCGACUUUCAAUAUGGUGUCCAGCUGUGCAUCAGCCCAGACACUUGUCCAGCCAGCAGCUACCAACAUCCAGGCAACACAGACACUUGUCCAUCCAACAGCUACCAACCUGCAGGCAGCACAGACACUUGUCCAUCCAACAACUACCAACAUCCAGGCAGCACAGACACUUGUCCAUCCAACAGCUAACAACCUGCAGGCAGCACAGACACUUGUCCAUCCAACAACUACCAACCUGCAGGCAACACAGGAACCUGUCCGCUCAGAAGAUAUGAUUACAUGUGAAAUGUGCAAUCUGCGCCUGAGAAAAAAGAAUCUUCGUAUUCAUUUGAAAAGAAAACACCAGGAAAAUGUGGAGCUGAUUUCACAAGAUCAUCAUUUAAGGAGUCAGUGUGUGGAUGCCGAAAAAGGUGUUUUUGCUGUUGAGAAAUCCUUUUAUGGUCCAUCAAAACCUUUACAUGUAAUAAAAAACACCUGGUCACAGUUUCACAGAUCAGAAUGUGAGCUCGACAGGUGUAAUGCGAAUGCACAGUUUGCCAAGCGAAGUGGGAUUUUGCCUUUUGAAUGUGAACACAUUCAGUCAUUACGCUUUUGUUCACUCGCCACAGACUCAGAAGGACCUCUGUCUGAAACUACCCUCAACAUCCUGGUUGACAACUUAUGGUUCAGUCUUCAAAGAAAAGAAGAACUUUUAAACAAUCAGCAGGAGGCGCUAUCAAAUAAUACGCCGUUUUCAGUUCUUCUUUUUGGCAGUGGGACAGACACAACAUUUCACGUGUCUGUCUUUGAACCUAAAGUGGUGUUUUUCAGCAGACUUGGACGGGUCAUUGUCACUUAUGACAAAGGAAAAAACACCUGGCAUUGUGCAUGUACAGAGGGCAAAAGGUCCUGUACGCACAAGGCUACAGCAAUGUGGCAUCUCUUUGAAAAAAUGCCAGACAUGUUCAGAGAGGCAGUGAAUUCAGAGGAGGAUGUUAUGUGUGGGACAACAGUAUCAGAAUGUCAGGAGGAAAGUCGUUCCAUCACUGAUGAAGCAGCAGAGAGGAUAAUCAAGUACUUGAUUUACCAGAAGAAAAUACCUGCCGAUCUUCCCGACAGCCUUAUCACCAGCAGUAGAGACGCCAAGGCUCUCAGUGGGUUCCCCAAACAUCUGAUCCCAUCAGAGACCGAAUGCACAGAAUGUGGACAACACGCCAGUCUUGGUGACCCUCAGUUGGUAUCUUCCACUGCUAAAAUAUUGACUAUGACAGGAGUAGUUAAAGGCAUAUCAACAUACAGGAAGACUUGCCCCACCUGUUCCAUGGUUUACCGAUAUCAAGACUGGGAAGAUGGUGUCCACAACUUCAACGAUCACUUGCUGCUGUCCAUACAUCUGUGUCUGGUACUGAGGAAUGCAUUGCAGACUCACACCGCUGUAAGUCGCAUAAUCGAAAUGAUCGAAUACACAGAAGGAGAGAACUUUCCUAACAAGGAUCGGAUCCUGCAGGCAUAUCUGUCGUUUGAAGGUCUAAGUGACCAUGACUACCAAUACUCAUGCAUUUCAUGUGGGUAUCAUCCUGCAGUUGUUGUCAUGGAACGCCAUAAGAAAGGUGUUUUCAGCAUGCCAGCUGGCCGCAGGAAUCCUUUUGUUGUAAAAGCUACUUAUCACAACUGGUCCCCCUGGAUUGGACCACAGACGAGACGAUCUGACAUUUUGAUGAACACAGAGAGUGAAAAAGUCCACUUGCCUGAUUCCAACAGUGAUGUAGACCAGUUUCUCACAGAAGAGCGGCUUGCAGAUGAGGUUCUCAAUCUCAAGCUACCUGAGAUCAGGAGACUCUGCAGUCAAUGUGGAAUUGACAGCACAGGUUCUAAGAUGGAUCUUGUGCUCCGUCUGCGGGACAGAAUGGCUUCUAGAGCCACACAUAACGAGGUUUUUGAUAAAGUGUGCGGUGCCUCUGGUGGGUGGGCUGUAAUCACUUGUCCCUGUGGAGUUAUUUAUUCUGUAAAGUUUAACCUGAGAGCGGAGAGCCCUAGAGACUUUGCAGACCUUCUUUUGUCCUGGAAGUUUUUUCCAAAUAUUACGGUGUACGACAACCCCAGGGGAUUAGUAAGUCAUCUAAAGAAGAGGUGCCCUGAGGAUACACCAUUUACCAUCCACGAAGGUAGAUUGGUUGAACCCACACCUGAAAACAUAAGACAAGCUACUAAGAAAAACCUCGCUGUGAACCUGCCCUGGUUGAAGCACCGGAAAGAACCUGGAGACAAGGGAGGACAUCCUGUUACUGGCUCAUUAGAGCAUUAUUGUCUCAGUGAUGUUUCCCGCCGAGGCAAUAGCAAGGACGACGAGGACGUCUUGCGGCGGAUUGAGAUGGUUCCGGAACUUGCAGGAAGAUUAAACAGUCAGUGUGCAAAGCAACUAUUUGCAGGCAUGAGGAAGAACAACUACUUCCUCAACACGCUCACCCCAUCCACGCACGUCUUUCUGCAAAGAAACAUCCUCCACCAUUUCAAUGUUCGGAAGAACACAGAAGCCAAACAAGGAAUUCUAAAAGUUGCUGGGCCACACGCAACAUUGGUCCUAAACCAAAAUGGAUGCAUUUCUAACGGGCUGUGAGAAAAACCAGCAACAUGCUUGCAGCUUGGAAGCCAGCGUUGUUCAAUGUCCUCUUGCUGACUCUUUGACAAGCUUAAAACCAACUGAAGCAAAUAAAUCCACCUGGAGUCAACAGCCUAAUACCACAGAAACGACUUUGGUAAAUGUUUAUAUCGACUUUGCUUUGUGUUUGUCUUUGUAAUAUUUCUUUCGGGGGUUUUUUUGUAAGAAUUGUCGGUACUUGCACUUAUGACAUGGUCAUGUGUUUCAAUAUUUGUUUAUUACAAAUCACACUGCACAACAGUGUUCCCAAUAGUUUUCUACUGGAGAAAAUCAGUCAUGAAGUAAAAAGUGAAAUUUCCACAAACCAGCAGUAUAAACACAUUGUAAGUUGUGCAUAUCAGUACACAUACUUGAGGAAUGCAUAAUAUUGUGAAAAAUCAAGUUAAUACAAAUGUAUUAAUCUUCAGUUUUUCUUUCCUAAGCUUGCUCAAGUAUUAGACCAAACCAGAGAUGCAGGUGAAUAUGUUGCUUGUGUUGAUGGGCAGGUCCUCACUAGAAGAGAUGUGUUCACUCUUGGGUUGUUGCAAGACAUCAGUGGGCAGAUGCCUUUGAAUGUACUUGAAGCUGUUCUCCAGGAGGUGGCGCUAGCACAGGGAGACUUGGCUUACCUCACCUUGGCAUUGACCUGCAAGUGCUUUGAAGCCGUUGUGUCUGACCCAGUUUUCAGGAAGAAGACUCACUUUGCUUGGCUGGAUGGUGAGAUCAACUGGGGCAAAUUUUCAGAGUCAUUCAAGGCAGAAAACCGGAUUCUUUUUUGCGGUUGUAACGUUUUCUUCCUGCAAUAUAAAAACUGUGUGGGCUUCACCGGCAAUGGAAGACGAGGAGAGUACCCUGGUUACUACUGUGAUGGCCGACCUGGACACUGCACUGACUGUCAAUACUGAAUGCAAGGAGAAUAUUAGUUGUUUUCCACAGUCUUUCACACAUUUCAGUUGCCACACGUUGCUGUUCGUCUUUUUUUUUUUUGUGACAUGCCACUUUAAAUCAUUUCUGCUGAAGCACAUUUGCCUUUUGACUUGUGCAGUCAUCCUUUUUCCUAAUGUGUUCUUUCAAUAUUAUGUACGGUUUUGAAUGUUCCUUUUGUUGCAGCUCAGCUGAUUUACAUUAUUUAGUUUUCAUAGAAAUGGUGUCGUUUCCAGACAAAGUUACAUUGUGGCUGUAACAUGUUGACGAGAGAGUAGAACCAAUAAAGUACCGCACCACAUUAUAAGGCGCACCUUCAA